CUAAAGUGUUGCAACAUCGUGUGUACUGUGUAUGCGUGAUUUGAGCUUCAGUCUCGAUUCUUUUUAGUGCAAUCAAACUUUUUAACUCGAUACACGGUCGUAUCAGGUUAAAGAGGCAUCUAUACUAUAUACUUGAUCGAGGAAAGUGCCGUAAAAGACCGUUGUUUCGGGAGGAAAAGUGAUAGGAGAGUUUCUUCCACGAACAGAAAAAAGGGGAGUGUGAAAAAACCAACGAUCUUCACGGGGUCGUGUGUCUACUGGUGUGUGUACCAACCGGAGCUGUCAUAAAUGUACACAUUCUAUAUAGAUUGCACGAUCUAUGCUCUGUUAGUGGGCCGAUUUACUGGAGACAAGUGAUCGUGUCUUACGCGCGGCAGUGAAUUGACAUUAAUCAUCGUCGUGCGGUGUGUGCGCCCAUCGACGUAAACGUCUAAAGAGCUAGUGCCGCAUUUCUAUCCGACGGCGAGUUUCCUCACGCAGCAGGUGAUCAUGGCUAAUCGGGGUACAGCCCAGAGGCCAAAUGGUUCGACACAAGGGAAGAUUUGUCAGUUUAAAUUGGUGCUGCUCGGGGAAUCCGCGGUUGGCAAAUCAAGCCUUGUGUUGAGGUUUGUUAAAGGACAGUUCCAUGAGUAUCAAGAAAGUACUAUUGGAGCUGCAUUCUUAACACAAACUGUAUGUCUGGAUGACACAACCGUAAAAUUUGAGAUCUGGGACACAGCAGGACAAGAGCGUUAUCAUAGUCUUGCACCAAUGUAUUAUCGGGGUGCUCAAGCAGCCAUUGUUGUGUAUGACAUAACAAAUCAGGACACAUUUGUACGUGCCCAAACGUGGGUGAAGGAAUUACAACGACAAGCCAGUCCAAGCAUAGUCAUAGCAUUAGCUGGAAAUAAAGCAGACCUUGGAAAUAAGAGAGUCGUAGAAUUUGAUGAAGCUCAAACAUAUGCAGAUGAAAAUGGUCUUCUUUUUAUGGAAACUUCGGCCAAAACAGCAAUGAAUGUUAAUGAUAUAUUCCUGGCGAUAGCUAAAAAACUUCCAAAGAAUGAACAAUCAGGAAGUGCAAGUACGAGCGGUCAAGGUCGUCGGUUAGUCGAGACGGAAGGACAAAAGGCAGCGACUGGCAACUGUUGCAAGUGAUUAUCCAAAUCUGUACGUGUCAAAUACUGUAUAUGUACCAUAAUCGACAAAUAUAAGUACACCACGAGUAUGUCCGCAUUGAAUUUGAAUGGAAUAUAAAAGGAUGGGAAAAUGCCACUAUUAUGGAAUGGGAGGUGAACUGUGCAAGACGAACAUUUUGUCUGAGUGAUUAAUUUAAAAAAUGCGUGUAUCACGUUGUAUUCGACGAUAUAUCAUCUAUUUUGAGUAUCAGAUUUAUCGAAGAGGGUGAAGCAGAGAGAAGGGGGCGGGGAGGAGGGGUGAGAGAGAGAGAGAGAGAGAGAGA